ACGUUAACGAUGGGAAGACCGAGACGCGCAGCCGAGGAGGCCGUCAGGCCUGCGGGCAUUAGAGGCUCCGGACAGCCGCACGCGCGACGGCAGCAGCAGGCGCAGGGACAGCAGCGCUCGGCUUCAUGGCCGGGACAGCGCAGAAAAGAAAAGAAGAAAGUGGAUUGCAAGCCCAAGAACCAGGAUGAGCAAGAAAUUCCUUUCAGGCUCCGAGAGAUUAUGAGGAGCCGUCAGGAGAUGAAAAAGACACUGAGUAACAAGAAGAGAAAGAAGGAGGCCCAGGUGGCUUUCAAGAAGACACUGGAAAAGGAAGCAAAUGGAGAGGAACCAGACAUCAUUGUCCCCAAGUUCAAGCAAAGGAAGGGAGAGUCUGAUGUGGCCUACAUCCAACGCAUGGAGCAGGAGGCCCAGCAUGUGCUGUUUCUCAGCAAGAACCAGGCCACUCGGCAGCCAGAGGUGCAGGCAGCCGCCAAGAAGGAGAAGUCUGAGCGGAAGAAAGCCUUCCAGAAGCGGCGACUUGAAAAAGCCCAGAAGAAAAAGGAGGCAAGAGCAGUGGACAGGCUGGAGCAGGAGUUGCUGAAAGACACUGUGGAGUUUGGAGAAGUUGCGCUGCAGCCCCCAGACCUGACGGUCCAGCCCAGGAGGAGCAGUAGCAGGGAUGCGCCUGGCAGGAAAUCGCUAAUGCUAAAGAUGCUUUUGGGCACUGGUGGAGUGUCCCUGACUCCAUCCGCCUCACUGGCCCGCCAGCGGAUCCUGGGGGAAGAGCGAGAACGGGCUGUGCAGGCGUACAGAGCUCUGAAGAAGCAGCAGCGCCAGGAAGUGACACUUGCACAGCCACCUGGCAGCUCUUCUCAGAGAAAGUUCCAGACUCGUCUGUGAUUCAGAGCCCCCGGGGUCUGUUCCCCUGGAAACCGGCCUGAAAAGGGGACAGACAGCAGAUGCUUGUCCCUGGAUUGGGGGCUGAGCGCAAGCGUUCACUGUGGCGGUGGGGUGCCUUUCUUUCCCCCUCCCUUAAAGUUUACCCUUUUUCACAGUGA